CCUACAAGUGUCAACAUGUACUGUAACGUUACCUAAAUAAAGGUGUUUUUUUGUUAUGGUUUUCUUUCCUUUUGAUUACUUAAUACAAUUACAUCAUGGAUAAAUCACAGUUAGUAAAAUUAUUAUGUGAACUCAACGGAAUUUCCACAGAUUCACGUGAAGACGAUGAGGGUGAUAUAUUCCAAAAAAGAUACGAAAAAGCAAUCAACACUCUUAUGUGUUCUUUUGACGAAAUAUUGUCAAAAAUUUCACUUGACGUUGCGUUGGAGGGAAAUGAGUCUAAUAAAAUAAAAUACAUGAUGUUAAAUUUUUAUAUUUUGGAGUUAGUAAACGAACAACUUGCAACUUCAGACAUCAGCGUUUUGAGUGUCCAAGAAACAAAAAACGUAAAAACGUGUUUAAAAAUUCUAAUGAAUAAUGGAAUUUUGACAAACAUUCAACCAAAACUCCCUUAUUUCAUUCCAACACACACAAGUACAAGCGAUAUUUAUUCUGAUUACACUUUAUUGAAAUGCACCGUUCUUGGAUUUUACAAGUACAUGAAAUACCCGAAUUUGAGAAUGUUGAUUUUACCACAUUUGCUACAAGGAAUGUUAGUUGCAUUUUAUCAACUCGCUUACUGCCCUUUAAAAAAACCAACAACUGACGCUCAAGAUAAGUUCGUAAUGACUCCUGAAACGUAUCAGAAACUAGUCCACGACCAAGAAGAAUUUCGAAGAAUUUUAGACGAUAUAAGUCACAAUAUUCAUCCCACAAUUCUGAUUAGAGAAACAAUGGUUUUAUUCCAAGCCAAUGCCCCCCUGUGGUUCAAAAAAUCAAUUUCAAACACCUUGACUAAGAUAAUUCGGUCGCCGAAAGGCGUCCAACACAUCGCUUCAGCCCUGCUUUCCGGCUCCGAAGACGACACAACAAAAGCAUGGAAAAUCCUCGAGGUGUUAACAAAGCUCAUAUCGAGCUGUCGAAAAUUCCCAGACUUUGAAACAAACAUUUGCAACCAAGUGUUAAAUCUUCUUGUCUCAAGCCGUGAUUUAUUGAUUUUCGAACGGUUGGUUGUGUCUUGCACGAAAUGUCUAUAUUCCGAAGAUAAAGAAUUGUGCAAUGCAGUUUUUGUCAAGAGGAUAACGACUCCGUUAUUAUAUUUCGCCAACAAAGAACACCAAUUUCGUGACGAAGACGUAACGGAUGACAUUAAACAAACUGUGCGUUUGCUUUACGGAUGUUUCAUCGAUGGUUUACCAACCAACCUGUUGACGACUUACAUCAACGUCUUAUUCCACUUGUAUCACCUAACUGUGAAAUCGGCGCUAGAAACCACUAGAAAGGAACUGAGAGAAAUUUUAAUUAAGUUUUUGCAAGCUUGCACCAAGAUGCACGAAUUAUUGGACAACUUUAUUUUCGGGUUUACGAUUAACGGGAUUUUACAGUUCCGCAAUGAUAUCGUUGUUGAGAUUGAUCAAAAGAUAAUCGUGAGAAAUACUCCACAUGUCAUUAUUUAUACAGAUGUUAUGGACACGGUUUUGGGGCUUCUCAAUCUCGAGCAAAAAAUCGUCUUAUUUGGAUUUUUGCUAAAUUGUGUUACCAACAAAGGGAAAUAUUUCCCGACUCUUCAUAACAGUACAGAAUUAUUAGGUAACGAAGAUCAUGUAACGGGUGCCGUUCUUGAACGACUUUUAACAAUCCAUAGAAUUCUAUCUCAAUUAGCUGAAAACAAAGAAGUGCAACUGUUUCUCAGGAACAAACCUGAUGAUAUUAUUAAUUACAUUAACAACGUGUUGUCUCAAGAGAGUGACGAACAACUCGUUUUUCUUGUUUUGAUGAUUCUGGAUAAUUUGAUUGCAAAUUCUUCAGCAAGUGCUCUAGCAAAAUAUAGAAUUUUGGAACAGUCCCUAUCAACUAAAUCAAACAACCAGGAAUUGAAAACUCUCUGUGACAAACUCAAACAAGCACUAAACGAAGAAAAAACUCAAACUUGUGAAACCACGGACGAAAAAACUGAGUUUGAGGAAGCCCUCGAGGACGUUUAUGACCCUUUACUCCCUGUUAGAGGGCAUGGUUUACUGACUUUGUCAAAGUUGCUUGAAAAAAAGGACAAACAAGCACUUGAGAGGAAACAAUAUUUGCUUAAUUUAUUCCAGUUACAUUUAAAAGAUGAGGAUUCGUUCAUUUAUUUGAAUGCGGUUCAAGGCCUAGCGGCCUUGGCUGAUACUUUUACAGAUACCGUUCUUGAGACUUUAUGUGAAGAGUAUUCCGAUUUUAGGGAAAAAGCUCAAGAAACUCGGAUGAAAUUGGGUGAAGUCUUAGUUCGCGUUACAAAAAUUUUGGGCGAAAUGGCCCCUAAAUACAAGGCCCUCCUCUUGAACACAUUCCUGUCGGGAACAAAGGACGACGACCACCUGAUCCGAGCGUCCAGCUUAUCGAAUUUAGGGGAAGUGUGUAGAGUGCUUAAUUACAAGCUGGGAACGAUAGUAACUGAGGUUUUGGUGUGUGUUCACGCAAUAGUAGCGACAGAUAAGGCCGUAGAGGCACGACGUGCUGCCGUUACGGUUAUAAGACAGUUGUUUGUUGGACUUCAAAGCGAAAUGAUAUCUUUUCUUAAGGAAGAAAUCUUGCCAAUUUACAGGACUCUCAAAGAGAUUUAUUAUAACGAUAAGGACGACAUUAUGAGGCUCCAAGCGCAGUUGGCGCUUGAGGAACUUAACGAAAAUAUGAAAAGUUUUGUGUUCCCAAAUCCGCAACUUAAUUUCGAGAAGAAGGUUAUUAUGCUAGACUAAAUGAAAACACUUAUUUUUGUCAAAGUUUAUUUGUAUAUAGUAUAAGGAAUAGAAAAAUAAAUAACCAAUUGCAU